AUGAGUGACGAGGUUGAAAAAGCUGACAGUGACGACUUCAAGGAUAUUGGAGCCGCAGGGCUCACUGAUACCAUCUCUAUGAGAGAUGACCCCGACCGCGAAGAGCCGCGCUUGGAAGCAGAGAAAUCAAAUUAUUUCAAAUUUGUUCACGAUCCCUGGGUUCAGAUUUUUCUGAUCAGUUUCAUUAGUUUCUGCAAUCCAGGAAUGUACAAUGCUCUCACUGGUAUGGGUGGAUCUGGACAGGUGGAUGGUACGGUAGCUGCUAACUCUAAUGUGGCAACCCAUGCCUGUACAGCAGGGUCGGCUUUGAUCUUGGUUGGAGUUUUCUACAAGUACAUUGGGCCACGUUUAUCUCUUUUGAUAGGCGGCUGGACUUAUGCUUUAUAUAGCGGUUCCCUGCUUAAUUACAACAGAACUGGAAACGGUGCUUUUGUCAUUGCUGCAGGUGCAAUCCUAGGUCUCGGUGCGGCGUUCUUCUGGGUUGCACAAGGAACAAUUAUGGUCACUUAUUCAAAUGAUCAAACAAGGGGCCGUGCGAUAGGAUUAUUCUGGAUUGUGUUCAAUCUUGGAGGUGCAAUUGGCUCUCUCGCAAGUUUUGGAAUCAAUUACAAGUCAAAGAAAGGAACAGUUACAGAUUCAACUUACGUUGCAUACACGGUAAUCAUGCUUUUUGGGUGGGCUUUAUCUAUAUUUGUCUCUCCAGCUGGUUCCCUGAACCAAAGAUACAAAGGAUAUAGGGAAAAAGAAAUCUCCAAGUUAACAUGGAAAAGUUUCAAGGUUACUGCUCGCCAGUCGCUCAGAAUUUUGCUAGACUGGAGAGUCGUAUGCCUCUACCCUAUGUUCUACAAUGCGAACGUAUUUUACUCUUACCAGCAGAAUGUUGUUAAUGGGGCCACAUUCAAUCUCAGAACCCGUUCGCUAAAUAGCGCAUUAUAUUGGAUUGCACAGAUGCUUGGCGGUUUUUUGAUUGGGUUUAUUUUAGACUUUUCCCUCAUUGGAAACAGGAGAAACCGUGCUUUAUGGGGAUGGGGUACGCUUUUUGUCACCGGCAUGGUUAUCUGGGGAGGUGGGUAUAACUUCCAAGUCUGGUCCGAUGAGAGAAAGGCACAAGGUAUCGUACAGACAAUUGACUACAAAGACGGGACCAUAUACGUGGGCCCUAUGUUCCUGUACUUUUUCUAUGGUCUGUACGACUCGUUUUGGCAGGGAUUCUGCUACUGGAUUAUUGGAUCACUUUCACGGGCGCCUGCAAUAAACGCUGUGAUUGUUGGCAGUUAUUCCGCUUUAAAACCUGCUGGUGGAGCCAUGGCGUGGAGAAUCAAUGCCCAGGCUGUCAGCCCAAUGAAGCAAUUUGCAAUGAAUUGGGGGCUGACAAUAGGAUGUCUGUUAGUUGCCUUGCCAGCUGUGUGGGCUCUGCCUAAGACAGAAACUGAAGCUAUUAUUCACGAAGAAGGGUUUGAGACAACGGAUGAUACAGUCAGUGCAUAA